UGUUGUGUGUGAAAAGAGUGCAGGCCAACGAGCGAGACAAAAGAGGCUGCGGCUGCAUUCAGUGUGCUGGUGGUGUGUCCGUCUCCGAAGCCACAAGCGAACCACAUUUCCCCCAUUCCUUCUCUGGCGUUUUACGCUACAGACGGCGAAUAUAUAUAUUUAAAUAUAUAUUUAUCGAAGAGGAGGGAAACAAUUUGCCUCAGCGUAAUUGCUGGAAGCGUGAAGUUGAGGACUUGGAGGAGAGCUUCCUUGGACCGGGUGUUUCUCCCUCUCCUCCUCUCCCCGUCCUUACUACUCGUCGAGCGCGGUGCGGUGUGGGGUUGGAGAUAUAACCCAGAACAAAGGAGUCUUGAAGCGAGGAAUGAGCGAGUCGAGGCUAGCUUCACUAUUAUCUUUGAAAUCCGGCCAAAUGCCUCUGUGAGCCCAACAAUAGUACAUCGACUGCUCGUAUUUUUCGACGAAGCUUUCGGCACCGAAAAGGGGGGAAAAAGGACAAAAAAAUAAACGCAAAGACUCACAAGUCGGCGGCUACAAUGUUUCCCCAGAACCGACCACCGGCACCUCUACAGGCACCCCCGGGAUCCUCUGCGUCAGUGGUGGCAGCUGCGGCGGCGGCGGCGGCUGCAGCUUCGGGGACGCCCCAGUCACUGAAACUGACCUACCCAGAAACCUUGGACCGCAUCAAGGAGGAGUUUCAGUUCCUUCAGACCCAGUACCACAGUUUGAAACUGGAGUGUGAGAAACUGGCUACAGAGAAGACUGAAAUCCAGAGACACUAUGUUAUGUAUUACGAAAUGUCCUACGGCCUUAACAUUGAAAUGCACAAACAGACGGAGAUUGCCAAGCGGUUGAACGUGAUCUGUGCUCAGCUCAUCCCCUUCCUGUCACAGGAGCACCAACAACAGGUGGUCCAGGCCAUGGAACGCGCCAAACAGGUGACCAUGGGGGAGCUAAAUGCUUCGAUAGGGGUACGUGGGCUCCCCCCUCUGCCUCAUAGCCAGCAGCUUCAAGCUCAGCACCUUUCCCAGCACGCCCAGGGUUUGCCAGUGGGCCCACACCCAUCAGGACUGCCCCACCCCAGCCUGGCCCUCAGCAGCGGGUCCGGCCUCCUGGCCUUGUCUGGCGCUUUGGGUGCCCAGCUCGCUGCCAAGGAUGAGAGAGCUCACCUCGAGGCAGCCGCUGCCGCCGCCGCCGCUGCCGAGCAUCACCGAGAUCGUGAAGCAGGACCAAGCUCUCUGUCCAAUGGGGAUAAGGGUCGCCCAGCAGACUACCUCAGCAACGGCAAGAAGAGGAAAGCUGAUGAGAAGGAGUUCAUGACAGACUAUGGCAGCGAUGCGGAUAAGAGUGAUGAUAAUUUGGUAGUAGAUGAGGAUCCAUCGUCACCCCGCAGUGUGCAGUCCUACUCUUCCCGGGAAAAUGGUUUGGACAAAAUCCCACCGUCCCGUAAGGAAGGUCCCCCGCAGGCCAGCCCCACCUCCCUGGCCUCAUCCAGCAGUGCCACCUCCCCAUCCCGUGGCAAAGAGCCCCCACAGAGAGAGAAAUCCAGCACUCCAGGUAUGAAGCCAGGGACCCCGAUGUCUCAGGAGUCCAAUACCCCAGGACCAAGCGGACCCCCGCAGUUCAGACCUGUCCCCGGCAAGCCUGGCGUCGACCCCCUCGCUCUUGGUCUGAGAAACCCCCUGGCGGUGCAGGGAGCGUACCCACCGGGGGCUUUUGGCCUACCCCCUCCAGGGGUGAAUGGGGACCUGCCCGGGGCUGCGGGCUAUGGCGCUGGUCUCCACUUGGUCUCCCCCCAAAUGAAUGGAGCUGCAGCAGCGGCGGCAGCAGCUGCCGCAGGCUAUGGACGGUCCCCCGUGGUGGGCUAUGAGUCUCCACACCCACACAUGAGGGUCCCUGGGCUGCCUGCCAGCUUGCAGUCUGCUGCCUCCGGGAAACCCGCCUACUCCUUCCAUGUGAGCGCUGACGGUCAGAUGCAGCCCGUGCCCUUUCCCCCUGACGCCCUGCUCGGACCGGGCAUUCCUCGUCACGCCCGUCAGAUCCACACCCUGAGCCACGGGGAGGUGGUGUGCGCCGUCACCAUCAGCACCUCGACGCGUCACGUGUACACCGGAGGGAAGGGCUGCGUCAAGGUGUGGGACAUCAGCCAACCAGGAAGCAAGAGCCCCAUGGCCCAGCUGGACUGUCUGAACAGGGAUAACUACAUCCGAUCCUGCAAGCUGCUCUCUGACGGUCGAACCUUGAUUGUCGGAGGAGAGGCCAGCACGCUGUCAAUCUGGGAUCUGGCCACUCCUACUCCUCGCAUCAAGGCGGAGCUGACGUCAUCUGCUCCCGCCUGCUACGCCCUGGCCAUCUCGCCCGACAACAAGGUCUGCUUUUCCUGCUGCAGCGACGGCAACAUCGUCGUCUGGGACCUUCACAACCAGACGCUGGUUAGGCAGUUCCAGGGCCACACGGAUGGAGCGAGCUGCAUCGAUAUCUCCAACGACGGCACCAAGCUGUGGACAGGAGGGCUGGACAACACAGUCCGCUGCUGGGACCUCCGAGAGGGACGCCAGCUUCAGCAGCAUGACUUCACCUCGCAGAUCUUCUCUCUGGGCUACUGUCCGACAGGCGAGUGGCUGGCUGUGGGAAUGGAGAGCAGUAAUGUGGAAGUUCUGCAUGUCUCCAAACCUGACAAGUACCAGCUGCACCUUCACGAAAGCUGCGUUCUCUCCCUCAAGUUUGCCUACUGUGGUAAAUGGUUCGUGAGCACAGGCAAAGAUAACCUCCUGAAUGCAUGGAGGACACCUUAUGGAUCCAGCAUAUUCCAGUCUAAGGAGUCGUCGUCGGUUCUCAGCUGCGACAUUUCCCCCGACGACCAGUUCAUCGUCACUGGCUCCGGGGACAAGAAAGCCACAGUCUACGAAGUUAUGUACUGAACUCUGAUUGGCUCCAAAAAAGCAAACUAAUAAUCAGGGGGCGGGGCCAAGGCUCCCUCCUGCAGCAUUGACUGUACAGAGCGUUGGUGGCAUGGAAAGCAAGAGACACUCAACUUGUACUUUUGUUGUUUUGGUUAUGUUUGUGAAAGAAAAGAAAGCGAAGCAAAAAGACACAAAGUCACAUCUCUGGAAAAAAGAAAAAAACUGAUUUUAAUGCUCUGAGAAUGCUGGUUAGUCUAUAGCUGCGCAACUGUGGGAUUCCUCCAAAGAACUUUUUUGUUUUUGUUUCCUUUUUUGUCCCUUUUUUAAAAAACAAACAAAAUGAAACCUCUGUAGUGAACAAGAAAUUAGGAAAAAAAUAUUUUUUUAGCCUUUGAAUUUUACGCAAGCAGUCGGAUGGCAUUGAGUGGAGGAACAAAAGACAAAGGUGUGGGACUGAGAACACGUGGGGGAGGGUUCAGAAAACCCUUAAUGGAAAAAUACAGUCCAUAUUCUGUGCUGUGUACAAAGUCCAAGCCUGAGUCAGCUUGGCCUCGUUCGGCCCGGUCCGGUCCAGCUCUGUCCACCGCACGAAGCCACUCCUCGGGGCAGCAGAUGCAUGGCAGAUGGCGAGACGAUGUGGCGUGAGGUUCCAGCUAUUUUCUUUUCCUCCUGGUUAAGUUUAAGCAGCAACACGAUUGUAUCAUCUCUAGUGCAUACAUGACAAGAACAAGGCUCGGUCCUCUGAGGUGUCCUGAGACUCACAUUGUCUUUGUUGUUUUACUGUUUUUUUUCCUCCUGUUUCUUUCCAAAAGAACAAAGACAAACGUGUUCUGAAGAUGUUUGAUAGAAACCAAAAUCAGACGGAAGACAAAGCUCAAACAAGUACUCUCCAAUAUCGGGACAUGGCCUCGGCAUCAUCGACACUCAAACACUCAGCAUUAAGUGUGGUUUUUUUUUUAAUUUUUUUUAUUUUAAAUGUAUUUGUUAGGGCACAUAAAGACAGACAGACAGGUAGUUUCACAGCUGCAUCAUGAACUUGAACCUUGCUAUAUAUGGACAUGUAAAUAAAGUUCUCUAAAGGCAAACAAAGAUGUAAUCUGUGACUGUG